UCACUGCAGCCUUCUCGGCUUCCCCCGCCCCCGCCUUCCCUUAUCGUCCUUCUCGUUCCGAUUCUCUGCAACUGCGACCUCUCAAUCCACAACGACGAUGCUUUGCAAAAAGAAUUAUAUGAAUGUAAAUCACUCUUGACUACGUUUCUCCUCUGAUUUCCAUUUCUCAACGAGGAAGCUGGAUCGUGGAUUUGGAUUAUGGCUAAUUGGAUCUCCUCCAAGCUUAAAGCGGCUGAGAGCAUUCUCCAGCAGAUCGAUCAGCAAGCGGCGGAGUCGCUUAAAAAGGGCGAAAGGCCUCCAGCCGUGGAUAAUUUGGAAGCCAUUGGCAAAACGGGAGAUAUUUUACCUUUGAAGGAUCAGCUGAAGAAGAAGAAGAACCAAGUAGAUAACGAUUAUCAUGGCAAAUUGCGCAGUGAUCUAAGUCUGAAUGUAAGCAGAAACCAGGAGAAUGUAAUUUCUGCCGCAUCAAAACCCUCACCGUCGUCAAAACCAUCUACACUAACGGACAGUGACUGGACCGAACUGCUCGGUAUACCUAAUCAACCUUCAACUUCAACUGCAUCCCGCAGUAAUGGAUCACCCACAGUUCGUGGUGCAAAGAGAGACGUUCGCAGACCAAGUAAUGCAGGCUCUAAUAUGUCGGUGCUGGAUUUCAAGAAAACUCAGAACAACACUAAGAGCAAUAGGUCCCUUGGGGAAAGAAAGAAAUUAACCAGGAAGACAAGUGAUGUGGAAGAAUCUAAUAUUUCAGUUUCAUUGGGGUCAAAUUCAAGAGUUGCUCUAAAAAAUGACAAAAACAUUAUGCAUUCUGAAGGUCGAGAAUUGGACAAGAAAGAUGCUGGAGGCAAUAUCUCAGUUGAAGCGAAAAGCGUGGAAAAAAAUGAAAUUUGUGGGAAUUUCGAUUCCAAGGGUUUUUCUUCCGAGAAUUCUGCGUUGACAAUAAGAAAUAGUCAAUCCUCAGAAACAGUGCCUGAUACAGAUCAAGCUAAGAGGAUAUCUGAUAUGAAUAUCAUUGUGACAAAUGCUCAAAGUCAUCAAGAAAGUGGUUUUACUGGGAAGCAUAAAUCAGAUGAAGUUUCUCGUAGUUCUAUAUCUGAUGGUGUAAGAAAAGAGUGGACAGGCUCUUCAACUAGUGGUGGAAGUUCUGGUUCGGAUUCGGACUCAGGUUCAGCUUCCGAUGCUGAAAUUGAACGUGAGAGGGAAGAAAUAAAAAGGAGGAGGCAGAAAAUUCUGGCUGAGAAAGCAGCAGCCAAGGCCAUGGAGGCUAUCAAAGAACAUGAAGACUUGGUUGCUAGGCUGGAAGGUGAGAAGCAGAGCCUAGAAAAAAUACUGGAAGAUCGAGCAAGAAAGCAAGCAGAAGAGGCUUCAGAGCUGCAGACGUCUAUGAUGGAAAUGAUGGAAGCAGUUGAGCUUGAGAAGCAGAAGCACAAUGAAACCCGCAGAGAAGCCCUUGCAAAAAUGGUCAAGCUUGAGACUGAAAAUGCGGAUCUUGCAAAAACCCUUGCUUCUGUGCAAUGGAAUCUUGAGUUAGAGGGUAAUCGGGUUGCAGGACUUCGACAGCAGAUUGAAUUGAAAGAAACGUGUCAUGAAGAACUGAGGAGAAGGAUCGCAAGCUCUCAGGAAGCUGGAACAUCAACAAAGCCAUUGGCUUUUAAAGGAAUUGAAUUUGAAUUGGAGAUUCUUGAGGCAGAGCACUCUCUCAUCACUGAUAAAGUCCUCCAAUUGCAGGAGAAGGGGAAAAAAUUGGAAGAAGACAUCGAGUUGGUGAGAAAAGAGAUGGAGGAACCAACUGAAGUUGAAGUUGAACUCAAGAGAAGGCUUGGCCAGAUGACUGACCAUCUAAUUCAGAAGCAAGUUCAGGUGGAGGCACUGUCUUCAGAGAAAGCCACUCUUCUCUUCAGAAUUGAGGCCGUGACGAGGCAGUUAGAAGAAAGCAAGUCAAUGGUGAAUACGAACGACAUUUCGAGCACCUCUUGGAGGGACUUGGAGUCCGGAAAAUGGAAACUUUCAGGUUCAAAACUGAGACCAAUGUUAGAGGACAAGAUCCACUCCGGCAAGAAACACCUAGGAUCCUUGAUCCAGCAACUGGAUGCAAUAUACGUAGCAGGCAUGGUGUUCAUAAGGAGAAAUCCUGCAGCUAAAUUGUGGUCAGUAGUUUACCUUAUAUGCCUUCACUUAUGGGUGCUUUAUAUUUUCAUGUCGCACUCUCAAGUAGACACCGAGUCCAAGUCUGGUGCUGUUAUUUCCUUGGAAAACAUCAACACCUCUUUAAACAUGUGAUUUUUUUUCUUCUUUUCUUUUGGUCUGAUAUCUUGAAACCACAAACAUAUAGAUGCCUCUCUGUUUAUUAGUUCAUACUAUUAACUACAUCUCAUAUUCUUUUAAA